GAAUGGGAAAGCAACAAAGAGAGAGAUAAGGUAAUGUUGAUGAUCAUAUUCAUAUAUAUAUACGUGUGUGUAUCCAAGAUAUUUUAUUGUUAUCAUUGCUCAACUUUAGAUCAGGUCACACUACCUCUACUUUUAGAAUUGAUUUACCCCACCCAAGUUUAUCUAUUAACCUUUGUUCUCAGCGAGCCAUUAUCUUUUUGUGGCAAUCCUCCUUGUUAUUUUUUUUUUUUUUUUGUUUUCACCUUCAUCAGUAUCAAAUAAAAUCAAGAAAUAUAUAGUAAAAAAUUAUUCUGUUAUUAUUUUCAUUACCAUCAUCAUCGUCUCCUUUUUUUUUUAAUGAUAAACUCUAUGUUUAGUUGAAUCAAAGGAGCAUAGUAACCAGUAGCGGACAAUGAACAUGUCGUCUCUUCCCCUUUGUUCUACCGAUGAUCAUCG